CCGCUCUGCCAAAAGCCGGGCGAGGGCUCCUGUAUCACCCUCUAUUGGUGGGCGAUCUGCAUUCUUCAUCGCUACCCCCUCUUUUAAUGUCAGCACUAGAGCCCAUGCCGUGGGUGGCCUUCAUAGCUAGUGGCCUUUUUAUAUAUACUCUGCAGCACCAGGAUGAACAAGCCAUCUUUUCAACUGCAUUCACCUACGCCCACCCUUCAUGACGACAACGAUGGCUCUCGAACUGUCCCACGUCUGGCUAGCCCUUGCCGGCAUAGCAACGUUUUACAUCUCGCGAACCUUCUAUCGUCUCUACUUCCAUCCGCUGUCGAAGAUACCCGGUCCCAAGCUCACCGCAAUCACCCGUCUAUAUGAAUUCUACUACGAUGUCAUCUGCGAUGGGAAGUUUCUGUUUCAGAUUGAGAAAAUGCAUCAGCAGUACGGCCCUAUCGUUCGCAUCAACCCCCGUGAAGUCCAUAUCAGCGAUCCAUCCUUCUAUGAUGAAAUCUAUGCCUCCAGCAGCCGGAAACGGAACAGGGAUCAUGAUGCCUACGAUGCAUUUACACUCUCGUACUCGGUGAUUGGCACCAUGGGCCACGAACACCACCGCUUCCGACGCAGCAUCCUGAACGACUUCUUUUCCAAGCGCUCCGUGCUCGCAUUAUCCGACGUGGUCGAAGAGCGGGUGCUGAAGCUGAUGCAGCGUUUUGAGGGAUUCUAUAAGGAGCAAAGCGUGGUCAACCUAAGCAAUGCAUUUGCCGCAUUGGCGUCGGACGUGAUUACCUAUUACUGUUUUGGGAAACGCUGGGGCUUUGUUGAGGAUGAGCACUUCCGCAGCGAGAUCCAUAAGAACAACGAGGAAAACACCGAACACUGCCAUCUCGACCGCUUCUUUCCGUUUGUGCCGGAAUUGAUGCGCCGGAUUCCGGGGCAGGUGUUGGCCUUGCUCCUCCCAAGCAAGGCUGCGGCGUUUGAGUUUCAGGCCGCCCUCUUUCAGACUAUCACCAUGAAUAUGCAAGCUGGAUCCACGUCGACCAAGGAAAACCGGACCAUUUUCCAAAAGUUGACGGACCCCAGCUUACCCGCCGAGGAGCGGAGUCUGCGUCGUGUCCAAGAUGAGGUGUUCACGCUUCUGGGUGCGGGCACAGAAACAACAGCGAGCACCUUGAUGGUCAUGAUCUACCACGUGUCGCGGAAUGAGAGCAUUCGAGACAAAUUGCGGACCGAGCUGAAGCAGGUUAUGCCCACGCCUACGAGCGCAGUGACAUGGACGGAAUUGGAGAAGCUACCGUACCUGACUGCGGUUCUUAAUGAAUCCUUGCGCUUGUCCUAUGGGGUCAUUAUGCGGCUUCCUCGGGUGGCACCGACUGAGACUCUGCGGUACAAGGACUAUGCUAUUCCACCAGGGACGCCAAUGAGCACCUCCACCUAUUUUAUCCACCGCAACCCAGACAUCUUUCCAGAGCCGGACAAGUUCGACCCGGAGCGAUGGAUUAGGGCUGCGGAAAGAGGCCAGAACUUGUCGCGGUAUCUGGUGUCGUUUAUGAGGGGAAGUCGCGCGUGCGUGGGAAUGAAUCUGGCCUAUAUUGAGCUGUACCUGACGAUUGCGCAUUUGGUGCGUCGAUUCGAUUUCACCUUGCACAACACGAGCCCGGAAGACGUGCGCAUUACGAGAGAUCGGAUCAUCCCGUGCACUGACAAGGGGAUGUUGUGGGUCUAUGCGAGGGUGACGGGGAUGGAGGAGUGAUGAUGGCAGGUGUCUUGAAUGUAUGAGCUCCCAAUAGUCGUGUCGAGUGAUGAGUGAAAAGGGACAGUUGGCACU